AUGAUAAGCUCAUCAUCAUCACAGGCUUCUUCUUCGGAGCUUCAGCCCAACUUUGAGAAGGAAGUUAUUGAUUUGAAACAAAGUCAUUAUAAUAAUUCGGAGUAUGGGACAAAAGAAUACAUGAACAAAUAUUUGGACAGGCAAUUUUCUAAAGAUUAUGGAAGCAGUGCAAAGAAUACAAGACUCAUGAUCAGAGUUUUGCAGCUGGUAAUGGCAGAACUUUCAAAUGAUUCAAAUGAAAAUGUGAACGAUAAAUUAGUAUUUUUGAAGAAACAUUUAUAUGGGUUGAGCAUGAUUGCUCGAAAUAUUCCUUUUAGAGGAGCUUUUUCGGAUAAUGUGGAACUGCUAUUGAAUUCUAUGCAAACUGUUUGCUUAUUUAUCAAAGAUGAGAAGAGCAGUCAACUGUUGACACGUGAAACUACUCUUGUUGCAAAAAAGGAAAGCCAAGAUGAAGAGGCUGAGCCAUCACUAUGGGAGUCUAUAAAAAUUGAAAUUACACGAGUGUUUUUCAGAACAGUACAGAAUUAUUCAGAAGCGAUUGAUUUGAAAUGUCCUCAAUAUUACAGAGAAUUAUUUUUAGAUUUUAUUUUGGAUCAAUUAAGGGUUUAUGACAAAAGCAGACACACUACAAUUCUAAUGUGCACAGAUUUUUUACGAAUUUUCUUUUCAGCAGUGACACACCAAGCCCAUGUGAAUUCACCAGUAUUGCUUUCAACUUGUUUAUAUUUAUUCUCAUUGGAUGUUUGGAGCGAGCCUGAAGAAUCAGAGAUUAUCACUCUAGUUAGCCAUAUUGCAUUAAUUUCUCUUCACAAAAGAAAUUCUUACUCAUCUAUUCAGUUUGAACUGCUAUCAUCGAGCAUGUAUGAUGAUGAUCAAGAUUCAGAGCUAGAAACAGGACCAAUUGAAAAGUUGAUGAAAGAGGUGUGCGAUUUUUCUUCAGUUCCAGUCGAAUCUAUAGAGAAAGCUCUCAACAAACUGAUCGUGAAACUCGAAAAGAGCGCAAAGGAGGUUCAAGAGGAAACAUUUGAACAUACCUCAAUGGCACUAAGUCAUCUAGUAACACUUACAAAUCCAAAAGCUAUUCCAUCCUUGAAUCAAUCGUUGGAAGUUUAUUGGAAAAUUUUUGAAAGAGUUUUUAAAGUUCUUCAAAAUAGAAUCAGAACCCUUGUGAACGCUGAAAAAACAAAGACAGGAAGAACUCUAGUAUUACAUCUAUUGAAAUCAUGCAGAAAACUUCUCCAAAACAAUAACUUUGACAUAUUCCUUGGGGAUGAUAAAUUACAUGAAGAAAGAAAACCAGUAUUAUCAGAAUUCUUGGAGCUCAUUCAAAAUGGAUUAAUUAUUGCAAACAACUCUGGAAAGAAAGUUUUUAGAAAGAAAGUGCAACUUUAUGCAAGCAAGCUCAUCCGUUGUUUCAUGACGUUUUGCUCUGCUAAAUAUAUCGAUGAAUUUGCACCCAAAAAGAUUGAGCAACAUCCAUGCUUCAUUAUCAACAAUCCUCUUAUCGAAGCGAUCACUGAAAGAGCGCUGUGGUUUGAAGUUCAUGCUGAGUACAUCCAUUUAAUGUCUGAGCAUUACGGAGAUAGUACUGACGAAAAACUAAAAGACGUAAUGGAAUGCGUCGUGACUGUUUGCACACAAUUUAUUUCCAAGGUAAAAGACAAUGCAAAGAAUGUUCUCAAAGGUCACUCUCUGGGAGGAGGAAGAAACAGACGUCCUAAACGAGAUUAUGACGACUAUGAUGAUGAAGAGGAGGAAGAUUACAGACAAAUCAAAUUUACAAAGAAAGAAGUUUCAAGAGCUUUUAAUGCGUUAACUAUCUCUUUGCCAAAUGUUGGUAAAGAUUUGUUCACCACCCAUUACCAAGAUAUUUGUCAGACAGCAUUUUUCUUCAUGGAGAAAAGUUUACUCACUGUUGGUGUGGAUAGUAUUUGCUUGCUUUCAGGUUUGAUUAAGGCUAUGAAACGAUACGAUCGGGAGCUUUUGAAAAAGGAAAUUCACACUUUUGUCACAAAAGUGUUCCCCUUAAUCAAGGGCAAUUAUAAGGAAGAUGAAAUCACCAUGAUGGAAAAUAAGGAAGAGGAGGAUGGAGACUUUGAAACAGAGAUUGCUCUCACUAGCAUUGACUUUUAUCAUACCAUCUUUGUGGAUUCUGAAAUUAGAGAAAUUUUGUUGGCGAAAUCUCCUAAUUUUGUUCACUCUCUCUAUACAAAUUUGUGUAACUUUGUCAAUAAGGAGUGUUCCUACGAAUUGGAAAGUCUGGAAAGAGUUGAGCAAUCGAAAUUGUCCCUUAGAGUUCUUGAAGCAAUGGUUUAUUCAACCAAUCCAGAGGUUACCAAGCUCGUAAAGCCAUCAGAUAUCAAAGGUUUCGUAAUUACACAUCUCGAUGGAAUUAUUCGAUCUUUCAAAACUGACAAAGAUUAUCACAAAAUUGCUAAAUAUUUGCGAGCUUUGAACCUUUUCUUUAGAGUUCCAGAAAAUGAAAAACAAGUGAACAAGUGCGCGACCUUGCUGAUUGAAUAUUUCAAUACUCCACAAACUAGUUCAAAUUCCAGUGGAGGAAAUAAGAAACAAAAGAAAAAGUCACCUACUCCUUCAACAAGUGGAAAUGCAUCUGCACAACAACAACAAAUUGGAAAACAAUUCAAGGAUUGCUGUCAAUACAUUGACAACUUGAAAAAAACCCCAAAGACCUUUGAUGAAGAAACACCUCUUUUUGUUCGACAAGAAUUAUCAGCUCAAUCUCAAGAAUUGAUUCAAAAACUCAAACAUUGGAAAUUAAUUCAAUAA